GAAAGUUCCAGACUUUUUGCCCUUUCUUUCCUAAAUAUUUCCUCGCAUAUUCUCUUUCCGAUCGUGUCUAAACCCUAAACCCUUCGCAAGCCCCUCUCUGUCUCUCUACUUUGUCCGCAAGCGAAAAAUGUACAGAGUGCUGUCAAAGUUAUCUUCCUCAAUUGGCUCCUCUACUUCCCGGAAACUGGUUUCGGGAAGGAUUAUAAGCAGCAGAAACUAUGUGGCUAAGGAUAUCAGUUUUGGGAUUGGUGCUCGUGCUGCUAUGUUGCAAGGUGUUUCCGAGGUUGCUGAAGCCGUCAAAGUCACUAUGGGACCAAAGGGAAGAAACGUGAUAAUUGAGAGCAGUUAUGGCGCACCGAAGAUCACAAAAGAUGGUGUCACCGUGGCCAAAAGUAUUUCGUUUGAGUCGAACGCUAAGAAUAUGGGUGCUGAGCUCGUUAAACAGGUCGCUAAUGCCACUAACAAGGUUGCUGGAGAUGGUACCACUUGUGCGACCGUUUUGACUCAGGCGAUACUCACCGAAGGCUGCAAGUCAGUGGCUGCUGGUGUGAAUGUGAUGGAUUUGCGUAGUGGUAUAAACAUGGCUAUUGAUGCAGUUGUCUCUGAUUUGAAAAGCAGAGCUGUUAUGAUUAGCACCCCAGAAGAGAUCACACAGGUUGCUACCAUAUCUGCAAACGGAGAGCGUGAGAUUGGUGAAUUAAUUGCAAGAGCCAUGGAGAAAGUUGGAAAGGAAGGGGUUAUCACUGUUGCUGAUGGGAACACUUUGGAGAACGAGCUUGAAGUAGUUGAAGGAAUGAAGCUAGCCAGAGGUUACAUCUCUCCUUAUUUUAUCACAGAUGAGAAGACUCAGAAAUGCGAGCUUGAGAAUCCCAUCAUCCUCAUCCAUGAGAAGAAGGUUUCAGACAUGAACUCGUUGUUGAAAGUUCUAGAGGCAGCUGUGAAGAGCAGCAGACCACUUCUUGUUGUAGCAGAAGAUGUAGAGAGUGAUGCAUUAGCUAUGCUGAUUCUCAAUAAGCAUCAUGCUGGGCUUAAGGUAUGCGCUAUCAAGGCUCCAGGUUUUGGUGACAACAGGAAAGCAAGCUUAGAUGAUCUUGCAGUUCUUACCGGUGCAGAGGUUAUCUCUGAGGAGCGCGGUCUAACUCUUGACAAAAUUCGUCCUGAGUUGCUUGGAACUGCGAAGAAGGUCACCAUCUCUCGUGAUGACACUCUCAUCCUGCACGGUGGUGGCGACAAGAAGCUAAUUGAAGAAAGAUGUGAAGAGUUAAGAUCAGCAAAUGAAAAAAGCACAUCCACAUUUGAUAAAGAAAAAACGCAAGAACGACUCUCAAAACUAUCAGGUGGUGUUGCUGUCUUCAAGGUGGGAGGAGCAAGUGAAGCUGAAGUUGGUGAAAGAAAAGACAGAGUCACUGAUGCUUUGAAUGCUACAAGAGCAGCCGUAGGAGGCAUCAUACCUGGUGGUGGUGUGGCUUUGUUAUACUCUACAAAGGCUUUAGACAACCUUGAAACUCAUAACGAGGAUCAAAGAAGAGGUGUUCAGAUCGUUCAGAAUGCUCUCAAGGCACCUGCUUUGACAAUAGCUGCAAAUGCUGGUUACGAUGGUUCUUUAGUGGUUGGCAAGUUACUAGAGCAAGACGAUUGCAACUUCGGUUUCGAUGCUGCCAAAGGUUCGUAUGUUGAUAUGGUGAAAGCUGGAAUCAUAGACCCUGUCAAGGUUAUCAAAACCGCAUUAACCGAUGCUGCUAGCGUUUCUUUGCUGUUGACAACAACAGAGGCCUCAGUGCUUGUGAAGGCAGAGGAGAAAACUCAAAAGCAUGUCCCUGAUAUGGCUGGCAUGGGCAUGUGAUGAUUUGGCCUUCUCUAACAAAAAAAAAAAGCAUUCAAAUUAAAGCCUUCUCUUUUUUUUUGUCCUACUACAAAGUUGUAGACUUUCUUCGAUUUAAAUUGCUUACAAUGUUGCAAACUUUCUUUGAUCUAAAUUAGUUGUUAUCAACUUUGUGGAAUGCCAACUUGUAUCUGUGGUCAAAGAAUUGAAUUUUAAACAGGCAAAAGAGACUGUUUUUUCUUCA